CGGUGAGUACUUCACGAAAUUUCUGAUGCAAUAGCGAAAGCAGUUCAGUAAUUGGAAUUUUGAUGGAGGCUAAAGUGACGCCAUGAAUCCUGCAAUCUAGACAUUUAGAGUACGAUUACUGUAAUAGUGUCGCGAUCGGUAGGGUGGCUCUUUAGCAUUACAGUGACUGAGUUGUCUGUAAGUGGUACCUCGACGAUCCUGAAAGAUGUGAAAGUCGACCAACCUUAGCGAUUGUAACGGAGAUAAAUAUGAAUAUCAGCUUUGGUGCAACUGGAGCAGUAGGAGAUCUUCAAGCUGUGAUCGAUUGCUUGUUAUUGUCUGCGUAUUCCUGUUGCUAGGAUCUAGAUCAUGGCGAUGAAAAUGAACGUCGUGUUGCUGCUAGUGGUGCUGGUGGGACUCAGCGCCGUGGUGAACGUCGAAUCCCAAGCGCAAUGCGGAGGCAGAAAUCUGUCGAUAUUAGCGCCGUGCUUGCCGGCGGCGAAAGCGAACGUCCAACCCUCCGCAGCAUGCUGCAGAGCAUUGAGUUCCUUCGCCACGAACACCGGCGAGGACUGCCUUUGCGCUGCCGCGAGUAGCCAACAGCAGUCAGGCGCCAAAGUGGAGUUCGCAAAAUACAUUCCUCAGAAGUGCCAACUCACCUACAAGGCUGGCAUCGUGUGCAACGGUGUCGUCAUUCCAGGAGGCCAGUAGUGUUGAUAUCGAUCAAUAUAGAAACAUUUGCGCCGCGACGCAUGUUACUCUUACGUCGGACAGUUGGUGUGUUGCUGCGUUUUGAUUUCUAAGUUUACAGAACUGGAGAUAUGUCCUCUAUAGAUUAAGCCAGACGAUCGAUAGUCAACCUAAGUGCAUACAGAACUUUGUCGCCGUGUGCACAAGAUGUUUGGCGACACCCAUAUUGUCUCGGUCCGUGCGGAUUUAUAAAAACUACAUAGCUGUAAGAACAUAUAAAUAAAGUUUUGCAAUCUCCGUGAUGGAAAAGCGAAUUGGCUGUGAA